AUGCCUGAAGACCCCUUCCACAAAGAAGGCUUCAUAGAGCGCAUGCUCCAACCGCACCACCAGCCGCGGCGCCGCAGCAGCAGCGCCGGCGAAGGCGAGCGCGAGAAGCCCGAUCUCGCCAGCUUGGCCCUCGAGCGCUCCAGCAGCAACGAGGAGGACAAGAAUCUGAACCUGGAUACUGGCCAACCGGAGAAUCAGGAGCAGAAUAUCGGUCCCACUGCGCUCCGCCGCCAGCGCCGCAAUUCGAGCUUCCAGCGCUUUAAGGAGUAUAUGCAGAGUGAGAAGGAGCUGGAUGAGGAGGGCGAGAUGUAUGCUAAGUUGAUGUAG